AUUGUCAAGGUCGACCUACCCAAAGGUACCUUGCAAGGGUUAAAAACGCGGACUGUGUUAAAUGGCGUCACUAUGUACAGCUUCAAGGGCGUAAGAUACGCAGCCCCCGCAACUGGUGUACAUAGAUUCUCUGUUGCUCGAGAGGUCGCGCCCUGGAUUGGUGAUUACGAUGCAACCCAACACAAAUCAAGAUGCCCUCAGAGAUGCGCUUCAGCUUUUAAAUACAUCAUUGGAAAUGAUGAUUGUUUAUUCUUGAACGUCUACACAUCCACUCUUGAUUGUAAAGCUGGUCUACCAGUGAUGUUUUGGUUGCAUGGUGGAUCCUUCAAUUUUGGUAACGGCGACAGUGACGUGUAUGGACCCGAUUAUCUUAUCGAAAAUGGCGUCGUAUUGGUCUCGAUAAAUUACAGACUGGGUCCAAUAGGAUUCCUCAGCACAAGAGAUGCUGCUGCUCCAGGCAACGUGGGUCUUAAGGAUCAAAUUGCUGCUUUGAGGUGGGUCAAGCGCAAUAUUCGUUACUUUGGUGGAGAUCCAAACCGGGUAACCAUCUUUGGUGAUGCUGCUGGUGCUGGUUCUGUACAGUAUCAUAUGAUCUCACCACUCUCUGCUGGUCUCUUCGCCCAUGCCAUUGCUCAGAGCGGUACCGUCAUGACUACCUGGGCCAUUACCUACAACUCUACCAAAGAUUCCUUUGCUCUAGGAGCAGCAUUCGGAAUCAAUACCAAUAAUUCAACCGAACUUGUCGAAGGAUUAUUGAAAAUUAAUAGUACCGCCCUUGUUCAAAUGGCAAACAAAUUGUCUAGAGAGACGGAGGGUAUGUCAGGAGGUCAUUACCUUUUCAAACCCUCAGUAGAAGUUAACGUGGGUCAGGAAAUAUUCCUGCCGGCUGAUCCUUGGCAACUUCUAAAGACUGGUCGAAUUAAUGACGUUCCAUACAUGAUGGGUUUCAAUCAGGACGAGAUGAUCAUAGGCGCUAACAGUAUCGCAAAUGUGGAUUACUAUAAUAGUCACUUUGAAGGAUUUCUUCCAACUGAUCUUAAUCUUACAAGAGGCGCAGUACUUGACACUGACAUUACACUAGUGAGAAAUUUCUAUUUCAAUGGAAAGAAUGUAACUAAGAAUGACAUCCAAGCUUAUAUUAAGCUGCAAAGUGAUCUGUACUUCACCUACGGAACAGCAUUCUCUUUGAAGAUGAUGAGAUAUUACAUGACCAAACCAAUCCACCAGUAUCUGUUCUCCUUCGAUGGAAAACUAGGAUUCUUCAAAAAAUUCUUUAACGUAUCUUUGACAUCCGGUGUAGCCCAUGCAGAUGAGACUGGAUAUAUGUUCUACCCAGCCCUUCUUAAAAUUACGCCGGAUAAAGGCUCAGAAGAAGAAAAGAUGUUAUACAAAAUGACAAGAAUGUGGACCGACUUUGCUAAAUAUGGUGAUCCUACUCCGAAGUUAUCCGAAAACGUUACGACAAUAUGGGGCGAUGUAACAAUGAACGGAUACUAUUUGCACAUCAACACAACCACAAAAAUGGAGCAGAAUGUAUUUGCGGAAAGAGUCAAAUUCUGGGCGAACAUAUACAAAGAUCUACUUGGCCAAUUUUAUCAAUACUUCAAAUAACCAUCAAAAGAUGUCAAAAAAAAGUAAACGUAUACUAAAAGCAUUCAUGUUCGAAGAAGGAUAAUAAAGAUGAUACAAAAUAAAAUGAAAACUAUUUAACCAA